CCAUCGGAGCUGUGAUGGCGGAGGUUGCCCGGUCGUAUAGACUUGGGCUGCUCCGUGUUGCAUGCGACUGUCAUGUACCUGCCGGUACCCUAUGGACCGAAGGCGGCGUGCGGGCACUGGAGGAUCGGGCGCCUCGCGUCACCAUUCACGUUCCCGGAAAAGGUAACCGGAGAGUGGAAGUGACCCGGCUGAAAUCUGCCCUUUGCAAAGCCGGCGGUGCUUACCUCUUAUCCUUUACCGCUGCGAGGAGACUCGAAUCGGGUCUGCGGCAGAGCUUUAGUGGUUGGCCGGCAAUUGGAGUCACGGCCGGCAGGGGUCCCUUCACCCUCGGUCCGCAGUUGAGCAGGUCCUACGUACGCAAUGGCAGCCAAGCCCCGGAGCUGCAGCUGUACAGAAGCAAGACGGCGUACUACGACAUCCUCCAAGUGACCCCCAGCGCCACUCAGGCACAGAUCAAGACGGCCUACUACAAGCAGUCUUUCUUGUACCAUCCUGACAGAAACGCAGGCAGUGAAGAGGCAGCGCUGCGCUUCUCGGACAUUAGUGAAGCCUACACGGUACUGGGGAGCAUCAGUCUCCGCAAAAAGUACGACCGGGGCAUCCUGAGUAAAGCCGACCUGCUGGGUACUGGCACACCUUCCCCCAGCGAGGGCCCAUCCGCGUCCAAGGAGCGAAGCCAAGGUGGCCACAGUCAGCGGAAGUGGACACGAAACGGCAAACCCGUCACCCACACCGGGGACAAGCCGAUCUUUGACUUCGAUGCCUUUUAUAAAGCGCAUUACGGACAGCAGUUGGAACGAGAGAAAAUGUUGCGCGAGUUAAAGAGAAAGCGCCAGGAGAAUGAGAAAAAGGAAACCACCCUGAACAAGAUGACCGAGGUGUCCGUGGGUCUCCUCCUGGCCAUGAGCUUACUCAUAUUCUACAAUUUGCGCACGAGUAUGUGAGCCGCGGCUGCUGCUGCAGUUGUUCACAUUUGAGCAGUCAGACACUUCAGCGAAUGCCUUGGUGAUUUCUGUCAGCUUUGUCUCGUUUUUAAACCAAAUCUCUGCUUUUAUUAAGGCGUGUAUUGUAAGGUGUUGGUCGGCUUCAGUUUUAAAGUAAUCAGUAGUUGAACAGUAACCUCAAGGACCACCUAGCUGUUUCGGUUUAAUCAGAUUGGCUGGCAGCAAAGAGAGGCUUUGAUUUGGACGAGUAGCUUUUCACUAAAGUGAAGUCACGUCCUUCAGGGUCAUUGCAUGCUGCCUUAUUGCUGGAUGGCAGUUCACACAUAUAGGAUGAUUAUGCCUUUUAUUUCACAGUCUGUCUGUUAAACAAUGCCAUUUCUGGUUUUAAAUGUAGCCCCCAAGCCAUUUGAUGCCCCGACACUGGAAAAGUCCCUUUGUUGGAGCAGCUUCUUCACAACAGCAAGUACAGGGAGAGGGCAGAUCACCCCAGUGCAUGGUGCCUUAUUCGGAAUCUGUUAUUUACAGCUGUAUGAUGGUGGUAUGGAGUACAUGUAACUGGACAGAAUUUUUCAACUUAGUAGAAGCUUAUGCCACACUUCGCCAUAACUGAGGACUUUUCUGUGGGAUGUGGUUGCAUCUGCGGCUAUUCUCUGGUUUGAGAAUGUUUCUCUACAUGUACGUGCGUGUCUUUCAGGGACAGAAUUUACAGACUUAAACUGCACGGACGACUGCAGAAGAAGCAGCCUGCACUGGACUGGAAUCAGGCAUUUCUGGUGUAAAGUUAAACAUUAAAAACACUUUUAAAUGAAGCUGCAUUUAGUUAGAUGUUUUGUGUCAAGAGGUAGCAGCUUAUUUCAAGAUGGUGAGCCAGACGAUUGGUGGGCCUGCUGGAAGUAAAAGCUGCACCCGCUGAAGCCAGCCGGCCUCCCCUCCGCUCUGCAGCCUGGUUGGUUUCCUUGUGUGAUGGCUCGAUGGAGGUGCUUGCCUUGACUCUUUCCCAGUAGUAAAUGGAGUUUUAUGGACUGACUGACUGACUGAUGCUUCAUCCUUGACGGCUGUCACUCACUUUACAUCCAUUAUCUUUAAAACGGUUGAUUCAAGCAACCAGUAGGGGAACCUCAGAGGAACUUGAGACAUGGCUGCAAGAAAUGGUAUUAGCUGUAAUGACACCAUUAUAUUUCAGAACUUAAGCAACACAUACACUGAGACUAAGUCCAGAAGGAACUGCUAUCUGUUAAGCAAAGCUGUUAAAAAAAAAAAAA